CAGCCCCGGGCAUAGGCCAGUUAGCAAUGUGUAAUCCAUGCGAUAGUUAAAGUGAAGACACUCUUAACUUUCCAUUCAACUUCUAUUUAGCUGUGUAGAUAUCUUGCUCUGCCAAAAGGCUAUACGUUCCGUGGAGGGCUUUCGUGCAUAUCUUUAUAACAACCAACGUGAGUUGCAGGUGGACAACGAUGGCGGAUCAUCAGGAGGGGAUACCGGAGGCGGUGUUGAGGAACACAGCGCUUGUUCAGGACCUAGCCGAUGUUGCCAAGGAUUCCGCUCUUCUACAUGGAGUACUGAUGAGAACCGAAGAGACGCCAAACUCUUCAGAGCUGGUGUCGUACGCCCCGUUCACCCUGUUCCCCUCCGCUGUGCCCAGGGCGGUGUUUGAGCAGGCUGUGGAGGUCCAGACACACUACAACCUCCUAGUGGACCGGAUCAGCCAGAACCAGGCCUUCCUGGAGCAGGCCCUGUCCAGCACCAUCGCAGUGGACGACUUCACAGCCCGGCUGUUCAGCAUCUACAGACACGUCCUCCAGGAGGGCCCAGCCCAGUCGGUGGUGGUGGGGCUGAACCGUUCUGACUACAUGCUGGACCAGAGUGCUGAUGGGGGCGUGGCUCUGAAGCAGGUGGAGAUCAACACCAUCGCUGCCAGCUUCGGAGGGCUGGCCUCACGCACGCCUGCCCUCCACAGACACGUCCUGAGGGUGGCCGGGCGGCUGGAGGACAGCCGGCGUAUCCUUGACAACAACCCGUCAGCUGGCCUGGCCGCAGCGCUGGCUAAAGCCUGGGAACUCUACGGCUCCCAAAGGGCUGUGGUCAUGUUCUUGGUGGAGGACGUCCAGAGGAACAUAUACGACCACCGAUACGUGGAGAACGAGCUGUGGAGCAGGAAAGUUCCGGUCAUCCGGCGGAGGUUUGAGGACGUGAGCAGAACGGGUUCUCUGGAUCAGGACCGGAGGCUGCUAGUUGACGGGAAAGAGGUGGCUGUGGUCUACUUUAGGAAUGGAUACAUGCCCCAGAACUACACUGAACAGAGCUGGGACGCCCGUCUGCUGAUGGAGCGCUCGCAGGCGGUGAAGGUUCCAGACAUCAGCACCCACCUGGCCGGGACCAAGAAGGUGCAGCAGGAGCUGGCUCUGCCCGGGGUUCUGGAGAGCUUCUUCCCAGGAGAGCCCCAAGUCGCAGCCCAGGUCCGGGCCACCUUUGCUGGGCUCUACACCCUGGACCCGGGUGCGGAGGGGGACCGGACGGUGGAGAUGGCUCUGGCAAAUCCUGACCAGUUUGUCCUGAAGCCCCAGAGAGAAGGAGGGGGCAACAACCUCUAUGGGGCGGAGAUCUGUCGUGUUCUGGAGGGAGUAAAGCAGAGCUCAGAGAGGACCGCCUACAUUCUGAUGGACAAGAUCAGGCCCCGCCCACUACACAACAUCCUUCUGCGGAGAGGGGCGGAGCUUAGACUCAGCACCUGUUUGAGCGAGCUUGGCAUGUUCGGAGCCUACGUCAGGCAAGGAUCAGACAUGCUCAUGAAUGAGUGUGUGGGACACCUGCUGAGGACCAAGAGUUCAGAGCACGCGGACGGGGGCGUGGCUGCCGGCGUGGCUGUGCUGGACAACCCCCUUCUGGUCUGAGCAGCGCCACCUGGAGGUGGAAGUGCACCUCCGGAGGCACAGUCGGCCGCAACACAUGGUUCUGGAAGCCCUCAUCACUCCUUAAAAGAAUCUAGAAAAAUUAACCCUUUGUUCUGUUCCUUGUGAAUCACAACAUGAAGAAUAUUUGUUCUACAUAGAUGUUGGAAGGAAUCUUCUCGUUUUUUGUCUUUGUAUGAACGUUUAUGUAAAGAAGUUAGUCUCCGAUUUUUUGUAGCAGCUAACAGCAGCUCCUCUCCGGGGUAGCCAGCUGUUUCAGACUCCAGCUGUUUCAGAUUGUCACCAGGAUACAGAACAGAUCAGCCCGCUGUUUCAGAUUGUCACCAGGAUACAGAUCAGCCAGCUGUUUCAGACUGUCCGCCGGAUACAGAUCAGCCAGCUGUUUCAGACUGUCACCAGGAUACAGAACAGAUCAACCGGCUGUUUCAGACUGUCACCAGGAUACAUUUUACAUUUAGUCAUUUAGCAGACGCUCUUAUCCAGAGCGACUUACAGUAAGUACAAGGACAUUAUCCCCGAGGCAAGUAGGAUGAAGUGCCUUGCCCAAGGACACAACAUCAUUUGGCACAGACUUGGCACAGGGAAUCAAACCGGCAACCGUCUGAUUACUAGCCCGAUUCCCUAACCGCUCAGCCAUCUGACUCUAGAACAGAUCAGCCGGCUGUUUCAGACUUUCACCAGGAUUGUUUUCUACAAUCAGUGGCUGAAGAAGCGGUUUGUUGAAGUCACAGCGUUUGACACAAAGACAUAGACUAAAUCAUGUACUACUGUAGAUUGUCGAUGUUGAAAAGCUUGAUUUAAAUAUCAAUAAUAAAAAUUUUCUUAUAACAUUCAUGUUCUUUGAUGUGUAUGCAUGUUGAUAACCAAAAAAUCACAACGCUAUGA